AUGGAGCGCUAUUGGGUUCCACAUCCGCAGCACGCUUUUGCUCCGUGCCAGCUUCAAAACCUGGGAGAUGCGGAAGUGACCUUCAAGGAUGAGGCCGAUGAGGUGAUAAAGCUUCCAGCCAGCAAGUUACCGGAGCUGCCCAAGGUUUUCGAUGCUCAACUUCUAGGCGGAGUGCUGAGACUCUUGCAGGAUUUACCACAUCCUAAUCCUAUCCCCCUAGUAUUUAACAUCCCCCCCAGAGUCAUCAUGGUAAAAGGCGAUGAAAUCGUGACGUUUGCGACCAUAGAAUGGGGGUGUUUAAUGCGAUGCAUUGUGAUGCCGCCAGCUCACAGGUCUUGGAUCCGGAAAACACUUUAG